CCCUUCUCCUCUCUCUCACACACACACACACCAUGGGCAAGGACUACUACGCCAUCCUCGGCGUGGCGCGCGACGCCAGCGAGGAGGAGAUUAAGAAGGCAUACAAGAAGGCCGCGCUCAAGUGGCACCCCGACCGCCAGGCCAACUCGGGCAGCGGCAACAGCGCAGAGGGCGCAAAGAAGAAGUUCCAGGAGCUCGGCGAGGCAUUCGAGGUGCUCUCCGACAAGCAGAAGCGCACCAUCUACGACCAGGUCGGCGAGGACGGCCUCAAGGGCGGCGGCGGCGCACCGGGCGGCGGCGCCGGCGGCUUUCCAGGCGGCGCAGGUGGCUUCCCGGGCGGUGCAGGUGGCUUUCCGGGCGGCGCCAGCUUCAGCUUCGGCGGCCCGGGCGGCGCCGGCGGCUCCUUCUCGCCCUCAGACCCCAACGACAUCUUUGCAUCGCUCUUCGGCGCCAUGGGCGGCGGUGGCUCGGGAGCCUCGCCGUUCGGCGGCAUGGGCGGCGGCAUGGGUAGCAUGGGCGGCAUGCCAGGCAUGCCAGGCAUGGGCGGCAUGGGCGGCGGCGGUGUGCCCGGCGGCUUCGACUUUGGCGGCGGCGGCAUGCCGGGCAUGCAGCAGCAGCGGCAGCAGUCGGGCCGCGCGUCGCCUGAGGGCCCCAAGGACGUCGAGAAGCGCCUGCCGUGCUCGCUCGAGGAGCUCUACGCCGGCGCCGAGCGCAAGCUCAAGGUGGGGCGCGUGCGCGGCGGCGAGAAGGAGGAGCAGGUGCUGCACGUCAACGUCGCCAAGGGCUGGAAGGCGGGCACCAAGGUCCGCUUCGCUGGCGCCGGCAACGAGCGAGGGCCCGGCUCGGGCAGCUACCAGGACAUCGUCUUCGUCAUUGAGGAGAAGCCGCACCCGCGCUUCCGGCGGCAGGGCGACGACCUGCACGUCGACGCCACGCUCUCGCUGGCCGAUGCGCUCGACCCACCAGCGGCCGGCACGCCGGCGUCGCGGCGCAGCGUGACGCAUCUCGACGGACGCAAGCUCGAGGUGCCGCUGCCGCGCCCCGCGGCGGGCUCCACCACCAUCCAGCCGGGCCGCUCGACGCGCAUCGCAAGCGAGGGCAUGCCCAUCUCCAAGACCAAGGGCGCCACAAAGGGCGACCUCGUCGUCGAGUGGCAAAUCGCCCUGCCCGAUCGGCUCGACGACGAGAAGCGCAAGGAGCUGCGGCGCCUCCUUGCCUAGAGCUUCGCUUCCUGAUAGACCUCUGUCCUUCUCUCUGUGUUUCUCCUCGCAAUGUCACCGUGUCACGCGUCUCCU